AUGAAGAUUAAUAACAAGAGUAAGAUUAAGGGCCCAUUUGGCUCCAAACUCCGUUACCAUGAAAGUAUGGAAACUGACUCGACCGAUGCAAGUGAUGGAGAACCUCAAAGAACCAAUCCUAUUGAGAACGGGAAACAACCCUCUCCAGCAAAGAAAAUAAUCAAGAAAACCUGUGCAGAUGUGAAGAACACACCUGCUAAACAAUCUUCGCUGACAAGUUUCUUUAAGAAUUCGCAAACUGCUGAAUGGAUUGAAACAAAGAAUUUGGCAAUACCUCUGCCAACAGCCCAGCAAGAACCAGUUCCAACAGAUACGUUUCUCAUCCAAUCCUUUACAGUCGACGAGUCGACCUUCGAGGGGAAGUGGGAAAUUGCCCAACAAGAGAUGACCAUGAACCUGAAAGAGCUUAUCGGAACGGGGGGCAUGAGAAACUGCUAUAGAGCAGAAAUUACCAACUUUCCGAAGCAGUUCGACGUUCCAGCUCCAAAUGGAUGGGUUGCGAAAGAACCCAUAAACGAAGAUCUAAGAAAAACGUAUGACCUGUGCAAAAAGGACGUUCAGACCCAGGCCAUCGCCCAGAAGCUGGGAAAGAUAUUUAUAAAAAAAGUCAAAGGCAUCAAAGGCUUUGAUGAAUUCCCAAGGAUAAUACCAUCCUACCUGGUGCAACGGAAAGGAACUGCAGAGUUCAUGACUAUAGAGCCAAUGAUCGGACCCGGUCCUUAUAUAAAAUUCAUCAACAACGAUGGGUUGCCAACACGUUCAGGUCAUAGUAGUCAGUUGGGUCUCAAAUGCUUGGCAUUCGUUCACUGGACUUUGGUGUUCACACGUGGUAAAUUCCUCAUUUGCGACGUACAAGGGACGGAGGAUGCGCUUACAGACCUCCAACUGGCAUCGGUGGACAAGGAGUUGUUUGCCGCUGGAAACCUCGGCAAGAUGGUAUUUGAAAGGUUCGCCCGCACACACAAGUGCAACCGUUUUUGUGUCCUUCUUGGUCUCGACAAUAAGAAAGUGGUUGGAAGAAAGUCACCCAGAUGUGAAACCCCGUGGUAUAGAAGUCCGAGGGACGCGGAGUUUCCCUCACGACUGAUGGCAGAGCUUCCGCUAGAAAUGCGGAAAUCAAACUCAUAA